UUUGCAGCCCAGGGGCCCUGAAGUGGGGCCACCCUCAGGAAAUGUGCCAUUUUACAUUUACAUUACGUGUACAUUGAGGUAUUUAGCCCCCUCAGGGAUGGGGUGUACAGCAUCUUUAACAUCUACAUGCUACAAAAGGCUCAGAAAAAACACAAAAUAAGUUACCAUAGACGACACACACAUUUACAUUUCACCAGGAGACUAAGAUCCAAUUCAAGCACUGAGUUAGUGCAUUGAAGAAAUCAACCACUGGAUGUGUCAGAACAUCUUCAAUUAAAGAAAAAACUGAGGUAAUUGUUUCUGGAGCCAAGGAGGAACAAGUCAGAAAUCUAGGUGUCUCGGACUCUGACCAGAAUUUCAACAGUCGCAUUAAAACAAUUACUAACUCAGUCUACUAUCACCUGAAGAAUACAUCUAGGAUUAAAGGACUAAUGUCACAGCAGGAUCUAGAAAAACCUGUCCACGCAUUCAUCUUCAGUAGACUGGACUACUGUAACGGUGUCUUCACAGGUCAGAGUCCUCUCUAACUCUAAGAGAGUGGAUCACAUCACUCCAGUUCUGAGGCCUUUUCCCCGGCGUAAUGUCUGUCAAAGGAUUGGUUUAUAAAGCAUUGAAUUCUUUAGGGCCAAAAUACAUUUCUGACCUCCUGCUACAUUAUGAACCAUCCAGAACCGUCAGGUCUUCUGGGACAGCUCUGCUUUCUGUCCCCAGAGUCAGCACCAAACAUAUUGUUCAGUUAUCAUGCUCUAAAUAUCUGGAACAAACUAGCAGAAACCUGCAGGUCCGCUGUAAUAUGUAUUCUUGUUUAUGCAUUUUGAAUGGCCUGGUGUCGAAAUGUGCUCUACUGUUUAACUCGCCUUGCUUUGCAGGGAUGUUAAUAAGUACAUGAGGGACAUUUUAUCCAGCAGGAUGGACCAGUCACUGUGGGAGGACCUGCUAAUGUCACCUUUAAAACACCAGUGUGUAACCUCAAAGCUGUGAGCGUUUUGCACAUAUUCGCUGCACUAUGCGCUGCGUGUCUGUUUGUGUCCGUGGCGAGUGGUUCAGGGUGCCUUGCGGCGGCCCCUCGGCCACCAUCCAGUCUCUGGGGUCCGAGGCCCUGCAGCGUUACCAUAGGGCCAAGAAGCUGGAAGAUGGAGACACAGAGGUGGAGUUCAGCCUGCGGAGGGUUCAGUGUGCACAGCUGCUGCACCCUGAGGACAGGGCAGAGGACGUCCUGCAGGACAACGAUUUUGUGCACCUGGUGUUUGCAGGAGAAAGUGCCACACACUACUCCUCUCCGAUGGAAAUGGCAGUGCAAACCCCCUACCAAGAGGCCAAAGAGUACAUUCAGCUGGAUGGAAACAGUCUGACCACAGCUGCUCUGGUCGGCUUGGGGCAAGGCUUGUUCAAAAUAAAGCUGACGCCUGAAGCUGAGCAGCGAGCCGUUCAGGGCCGAGAGGUUAUCGAUGCUUUUAUAAGAGAAGACAAGGUUGUGUAUGGAGUCAACACUGGGUUUGGAAAGUUUGCACACACACUCAUACCGAAAGAGCAGCUAGGGCAGCUGCAGGCCAACGUGAUCCGCUCUCAUAGCGCUGGUGUUGGUGCCCCAUUGAGUGCAGAGAGGACUCGUAUGCUGCUGGCUCUGAGGAUCAACGUCAUUGCGAAAGGCCACAGCGGCGUAUCGAUGGAAACGCUCGGCGCUAUGAUCAAGGCGUUCAACGCGUCCUGUUUGUCCUGGGUACCUGAGAAGGGUACGGUGGGAGCGAGUGGAGACCUCGCCCCCCUGGCCCACCUCACCCUGGGCCUGAUGGGGGAGGGCAGGAUGUGGUCACCACAGAGCGACUGGGCUGAUGCAAAGGCUGUGCUGGAGGGCCAUGGACUCAAACCUGUCGUGCUGAAACCAAAAGAGGGCAUCGCUCUGAUCAACGGGACUCAGCUGAUCUCCUCUCUGGGUGCGGAGGCGGUGGAGAGAGCCCUCGCAGUGGCCAGACAGGCGGACAUCAUCGCUGCUCUGAGUCUGGAGGCCCUUAAAGGCACCACCAGGGCCUUCCACAGUGCUCUGCAUGCUGUCAGGCCUCACCCCGGUCAGGUGGAGGUGGCUGAGAGGCUGCGCUCUCUGUUAGACUCUCAUGUCUUCCCUUCUCUCAUCUCAGAGAGUCAUAGAUCAUGCAGUCGUGUUCAGGAUGCCUACACCCUGCGCUGCAUACCUCAGGUUCAUGGAGUGGUGAACGACACCAUCGCUUUUGUCCAGAAAGUGAUUUCCACAGAGCUGAACAGCGCCACUGACAACCCACUGGUAUUUGCAGAAACCAGGGAGAUCAUAUCUGGAGGGAACUUCCAUGGAGAGUAUCCAGCCAAGGCCCUCGACUACCUGGCCAUAGGAGUGCACGAGCUGGCUAGUAUGAGUGAGCGGAGGACGGAGCGGCUGGUGAACCCGGCGCUCAGCGACCUGCCGGCCUUCCUGGUGCGGGACGGAGGCCUGAACUCAGGCUUCAUGAUUGCUCACUGCACUGCUGCUGCCUUAGUGUCAGAGAACAAGGUCCUGUGCCACCCGUCCUCCGUGGACUCCCUGUCCACCAGUGCGGCUACAGAGGACCACGUGUCUAUGGGUGGCUGGGCGGCUCGCAAAGCCCUGAGGGUCGUGGAACAUGUGGAGCAAGUGCUGGCCAUUGAGCUGCUGGCCGCCUGCCAGGCUCUGGAGUUCCUGCGUCCUCUGAAGACCACGGCUCCUCUGGAGGGGGUCUACCAGCUGCUGCGCUCUGUGGUCAGUCCAUGGGACAGAGACCGAGUCAUGAGUCCUGACAUCGAAGCUGCUCACACACUCAUCAGACAGCAGAAGCUCUGGGCGACAGUUCAGCCGUUCAUGGAGGAGUACAGGAAGAAGCUGCACGCAUGAUGAGGCCGGAGAGGAAAGCUAUGCAAAAUUUGGGAUUGUUUUAUGCAAUAAAAACCAGGAGAAGUUAUAUAACUUUUGAAUUUUUAUUCAAAGGAUUGACAUUAAUGCACAUGGUAAAUCGUGUUAACUUACAAAAGAGCUGCAUGAUCUGAUGCGACAGUAACGACGUGCCCUCUGGAGAAGGUGUUCAAAAAUAAACAUCCAAUACAACAAUUCCCAAUACCCCCCCCCUCCUAGAUGAAAUGAAUGCAUAAAAAGCAAACACAUUAACACAGAAAAAUAAUUUGACCACUAAAUCAUGUAAUAAUAACACUAGCCUUUAAAAUAAAGCCUCAAAUUUCCCAGCUGCUUUUGAAUGCAAUCCAAACACAUCUGGUACCUCACAACUAGGAACUACUUUCUACUGAACAGGUAGUGAUUUCUCUGUACAUCCUCCCCCCCUCCCCCCGUGUCCGCCUGAUGACCUUCAGCCUGUGGCGGGCUCAGAGGUCAUCGGGCGGGUGUCGGCCCGGGAAGGAGCCGCUGUGUUUGGGCUCGGGUCGAAGCCUCGUCAUGAAAACUGGAUCUGUUGUACGUUGGGAAUCUGCAACACGGGAAGCAAGUUACGUAUCAAGGAAGCAACAAGAAAUGCCUUGUUUUGUUAAAGAAACUGGUAUACAAAGAUCCAGAAUACUUGUUUGUCAUGAGACUUGAGUGUCAUAAAUAAAACUUCAAUCCUU